AUGGAACUCGACAAUGAUACGCGAGGAUGGAUCAUGUCAAUUGUGAGCGGAAUAGCGUCUAUAAUCUGCGUCGACAUCAUCAUCCGCCAAUUCCCCGGCAAGAAGGAUUUCAAAAUUCAAGAUAGCAAUGCAUUUCUUUCGACGGGCUUGAGUCUUUCCUUUGGUGUCAUGAUUUUCUCUUCGCUGUACAGCAUGCUGCCAUCAGCGAAAAGGUAUCUAGAAAAAGGUGGCCUUUCGGCCAAGGCAGCUACAUUCACCCUGAUGGGUUGCUUCUUGAUCGGCGCAUUGGGAAUUUCCGUCUUGUCGCAGAUACUGCACCAAUAUAUCCCACACUCUGUCGUAGACUGUGAUCAUGAGCAUGGCGAUGAGGAGCAAGGUAAAGCUGAAGACGAAGAAGGAGACCAUGCACACCAACCGAUGCUUGAGGAAAGUAACGGGCUUCCACAGCUGGACGGACACCGACAAUUACGUGGUCGUCGCUCAUACGGUACCAAUAGCGAAACUUUCAGUCAGGCUGCGCUUUCUCGGAGGCCAUCGCUACAUGCCUCCAUCUCCACCAAGGUCUCCCAGCUCGUCACAGGCUCGAAGAAACUCUGCGAUGACAAUGGCCAGUGCUAUGGAUACUCGGACACAUGCGGAACAGAGUGCUUCAGGACCGCUCUCGUGACACGGCCACCAAGACUACACACAACGAAGUCAACCGGACACCUAGGAGCAACCAGACCAUCCGCUGCAAAUAGAUCGCAAACCACUCAAGGCCCGCACGAGCGACAACCCCUCCUGCAAGACGUCGACGAAACCACACCGCUCCAGCCCACAGUGUCCGGUCCUGCGACCAUGACUAAUUCCGUCGCCUCUCUGGCCUCGACAAACGGGCAUUUCAUACCGACCACCGACCGCACCUCCCUACACAAGCACAGCCGCUCUUCUUCGCCAUCAUCAACAACUUCCUCGCACGAUUCCCAUGACUCCCAUGCUCACGACCACGGGCCGCAACACCACCACCACGUCCCCAACAACGUCUUCCUCUCCAUUGGCCUGCAAACGUCGACCGCAAUCGCCCUGCACAAAGUCCCCGAGGGUUUCAUCACCUACGCCACAAACCACGCCAAUCCCACCCUCGGUUUCUCAAUCUUCCUCGCGCUCUUCAUCCACAACAUCACCGAGGGCUUCGCGCUCGCGCUGCCCUUGUAUCUUGCCAUAAACUCGCGAUGGAAGGCGAUGAUGUGGUCUGCGCUACUCGGUGGCGUCAGCCAACCUCUCGGCGCAGGCGUUGCGGCGUUGAGUUUCAAGAUUGCUGGGCGCAGACAGGGCGAGGAUGAGAUGGAGGACAGGGUGUAUGGGUGCAUGUUUGCGGUGACGAGUGGGAUCAUGGCUAUGGUGAGCUUGCAGUUGUUGGGCGAGAGUCUGGACCUCACGCACUCGAGACGGUUAUGUUUCAUUAGUGCGUUUUGUGGAAUGGGUAUCUUGGGACUGAGCAGUGCUUUGACGGCGUAG